AAAUGUCUCCAUCGUCUAAAAAUAUGAAGAUUUUUUUGCUUUUUUAACUAUCUGGCUCUCUAAUACGAGAAUUUUCUAGGUCCUCUGCGGUCACUGCGCUCUGGUGGCCACCUAUCGCCAAGAAUUCCUAAAAAAUGAAAUCGAAAGUGCUGUAAAACUACUAGCUCGUCGUCUCGGAUCUACCAGAACAUGGCGAGAGCAGACACAACUACCCGUAAAAGGAAUGCCAAAUAUCGUAGUCUCGUCGAUUUCAUCAGAUGAAGACGAUCCGAGCACAGACAGGCAAACGAGUAGCGAAUGGGGAUCAUCACUACAGACGUCAGAAAACAGGUGA